UUAUGAAGCCCAGAGGAAUAGGGUUGCCCAACCCACAUCCCCACAAGCCCCAACACUGCCCCUGCCCUCCCCUAUUUUCUCUGGGAGUUCUCCGCCCUCCUCCUCUGAGCUGGAUGCUAAACCUACCCCCUCCUGGAGGCGGAGCCAGCCCUCGGAGCAGGAUAAAACCCCAAACCGAGGGGACUGGUGUGGGCACAGCCUUGGCAUGGCCAUCUGGCUCCUCACUCUGCCAGCUCCAUGGCCAGCUCAGUGGAUGCAUCUUCUGCAGGCCUUGCCAGUGGGUUGGGUCCCCAUCGGAGAAAGAGGACUACCUUCAGCAGAGGGCAGCUGCUGGAGAUGGAGCGGGUGUUUGCAGCACGGCCCUACCCCGACAUUGGCACCCGUGAGCACCUGGCCCAGGUCACCUGCCUUCCUGAGGCCAAAAUUCAGGUGUGGUUCCAGAACCGCAGAGCCAAGAGAAUCAAGAAUAGAAAGCCAGGAGGCCUAAGCCCUAGGCCUGAGCCACCCCAGAGAUCCUGUUCUCUUCCAGACACCAUCAAGCAGUCUGGGGAGGCCCGAACCCUGGGCCAGUCUCCACCCUCCAACAGCACAGCUCAGUAUGCCUCUGUGUGUCGACACACCUCCUGCCCAGCUCCUGGCUUGGGUCCAGGGCAGGGAUGGGUGGGGGCUAAAGCUACUGCCCUAUGGGGACCGGCUGGGGCUGCAGGGGUCCACCUAACUUCAGAGAGAGCUACCCCCCAGAACUCACUGGGCAGCCUGUCUGACCUCAUCUAUGCCUCGGCCAUUGUCACCAACCUGGACCACUCCUAAUCUAGGUCUAGAACUUGGAAGACCCCUUCUGUGACUCCUGUAACCCACUCUACCCCUUAGGACUGAACACAUCAGAAGUGGACCC